AUGCUGACGACAGCGUCUCGACACAUGAAGCCCAAGGGAGACGGGGCCAACACACGAGCCUUCUACAUCCAUGAUCGACUUUGGGCGUACCUUCGUGGCAUGAUUGAACGAUUGUUCUGGGGCCAGGAUAAAUUUGGUAGCAAUCCAGGAGGGCCAAGCAACAACCCUAGGUCUCUGGACCUCAAUACUCUGCCAGGGAAGUUGCCUUCACAGACGCGCCCUGACGGGGAGAACGAUGCCAAAGCCCAGAGUAGCAGCGGCCCGGAAGGUCGACUCGCUUUCCAGAAAUGGCUGGAACCUACAUGGAGGUCAGACCGGAUGUCGUGGAUGCUAUUGAGCACCGCGCAGGCCCUGGCCUUCGAGUUAGGAGUCUUUGACCAGAAGAAUACGUCUGCAAGCAGCAACGAGUCUACAUCCGAGCAGGUGCGCAAGCGUCGAGUGCGUCGACUGAUUAUCGUCUACGUCACCCAAAGCAGUGGUCGGCUGGGAAUCCCUUCCAUGCUCCCUCUUCCGCAAUGGAGUCACGAUAUCGAGCCGACGCCACUGGGGGAUGCAACGGCCAGCGACAUCUCCAUUGACAGAAUGCAAGAUUGCUGGAUUGCGAUAUCCAAGAUCAUGUACCAAAGCAACCAGCUCUUAUUCGCGUCUAAGGAGCAAACCUCAGAACUCAUCAAAAGCGGGCGCUACCGUGAACGGAUUGCCGAGUUCACUCCAUGGCUACAAGAUUUCCGACGGAAUCUGGACAGCCUUAACUUGUCACCUCAGAUGCGGAAUAUUUUGACGAUUGAAUAUGAAUACACACGUCUCUAUGUCAAUUGCCUAGCCCUGCAGGCUGUGGUGGACCGCUGGACCACGAUGAACAACGAGCCUUCGAGUCGAUCCGGACCCGGUUCCUCAUCCGGGUCCAGUUCCUUCCGAGUGCUGAUGGAGCUGUACCGGGUCAACGAAACGUAUAUCCAGGAAGUUGUAGAUGCGUCACGCAAGAUUCUGCAGACUGUGCUGGACGGUCUCCUCCCUGGAGAACAUCUCAAGCACUGUCCGACCUUCACGUUGGGCGCAACGGAGGAUGAUGUGCGCGUAUCGCUGGACCUCCAGGAUCGGACCAUCGAAGCUUUGCGAACGUGUGUGGUCGAUGACGUGCAUCUGGGCAAUACAAUCUCGCGAUUGCUUGAGCUGCUUACCACCAACAUCCGGACCCGAUUCCUACGCUUUGCUCCGACAGACCGGGUGGGCGACGGGGACGGUCAGCCGGACUCGAGAGUUCCAUCGCCACGACCCGCGCGCGACAACGUGCAGGCCCGUCGAGACGGUUCUGGCUCGCAGUGGCAGCAGUCCCAGAACACGAGUAACAAUGUAGGAUAUUCGAUCGACGGCGGCAACAGUGGCAGUGGUCAACCCAGCACCACUGUAGGAAACUACCACGAUCCCCUCGCCAGCAUUCCCGCACAACCCAUCAAUUCGUCCAACCUCAACGUCUCUUUCAUGCCGCCGCCACCGUCCAUGUAUUAUAACUACUACGACCAUAACUCUACGUCGCCGAAGCCGGAUGAUGCGGCGGCAGCGGCGCAGUCUGUUGGCGAAGGAGGGGCAGCACUGCCGGACUGGUUCGCUCUGCCUCUGGAUCAGUUCUUCAACAGUUCCACGGCCGGGGUUGAUCAGGGGCUUGGCGGGACUGGACCCAUGGUUGGCGAAUUCGACAUGCUGGAAGUCCUGCUCAAUGAGCAGUACGACAAGGACGGUGGUGGAGGCGGCGGGGUGGAUGGCGGGGACACUGCAGGCGGGAACAGUAACAAUCAGGGUCUCGCGUCCCAGUUCAUGUGA